AUGACAGCGAGUGAUGGCCAACGGAGCAAACGUAUGCAGGCAGACACAAAUCUUCUGCCCAGCCAGAUGCAGAAGAAGGGACAGAAAGACGACGGGCCUGUGUGCGGUCUCCUUGGCUCCAGCACAACACACAUCACCGAGAGGCUGAACGGGGUUCUGAUGACUACAACUCCAGAGACCCUGAACGAGGAGGAAUUAGUUGUGCUCUGGACACGACUCCAUGAAGAGAUGUCCAAUGGCAUACUACAAGGAUACGGGAAAGUGACACCAGUAGAUCCUUGUAAUGGCAGUGACAGUGUGCAGACCCACCCUGCAAAGCCAAACUCCAAAGUGGAGAAAAAGAAAGUGGCAUUGUUAGGCAGGCAGGAAAAAUCACGAUGGGAAGUCCUCCAGCAAGAGCAGCGGUUGAUAGAAGAGAAGAAUAAACGCAAGAAGGCACUCCUGGCCAAAGCUAUUGCUGAGAGAUCCAAAAGGACUCAAGCUGAAACAGUGAAACUAAAAAGGAUUCAGAAGGAGUUACAAGCUCUGGAUGACAUGGUAUCUGCUGACAUUGGCAUCCUGCGGAACCGCAUUGAUCAGGCCAGCUUGGACUACUCCUACGCCCGGAAGCGGUAUGAUAAGGCUGAGUCGGAGUACGUGGCAGCCAAGCUGGACCUCCAACACAAGACAGAGAUUAAGGAGCACCUCACAGAGCACCUUUGCACGAUCAUACAGCAGAAUGAACUCCGCAAGGCCAGGAAGCUGGAGGAGUUAAUGCAGCAGCUGGAAGUGGAGGCAGAUGAGGAAAAUCUGGAACUUGAGAUAGAGGUGGAGCGGAUGCUGCAGCAGCAGGAGGCAGAAGCAGGGAGACAAGCCAGCCAGUCACACAAUCAUGCUGGGACAGCUAAGGAAAACCCCACUGCCAGUGUUACGGCACGGGAGAGUGAGCAUGCUAACUGUGCUGUCGCUUCUCCUGCUAUUUCUGAACAGUUGGUUCAAUCUGAAAACUCCGGUACUGAAUCCCUCUCCAAUAUGGACAGCCAAACUCUCACAGUAAAUGUGACUCCAGGAAACCCCCCAGCUUGUUCUGAUACAUGACUACUAUAUCCACAUAAGCCAGACGGUUAUGGAUGAUAUGCUCUCUGCAGGCUUGUGUGCUGUAUGUUAUAUCUGGGUUUCUGCUGUGCCAGUAAUACGCACUUCAUUUCUCUUUUCCUUUAAUACUGUUUUCAAAUUUUAGAGGCUCUUUUUUUCCACAGGACUCUCAUUUGGGGUUCACCAUCUGUCUUCAUCAUUCUGGUUUAAGUUCAUGUUCUAAUGCCCAGCUCUUCAUGGGGCUUUGUACCUUCCUGAAACAGGAUGCUUGGAAGCGAACAGUAGGCUUUUCCCAAAGUCUCUCAGCAUUUUGAUAUCACAGAUACCUGUUCCAAGCAGUGUGCAAGAGAUACGUAUCUACAGGAGGAAACACCACGACUUAUUCUGCUUCUGAACAGAUUCUGUCCUCUGACAAGUGUGAUAGGAUGUUUGUCUUCCUUUGUAUCUGUAAGGGAUUAGUUUUCAAUGUUUUUUAAUCCUGUGACACCCAAGUGCUUACUUUAAUUAUCUUUGUAGCUGAUACUUAUUCCUAUACCUGAUGUAAAGGAAAUUCAAAUAUUGAGGCAAAUUGCAAAGUCAGUUGUAAUAUUUCCUUUUUAUCACUUUGCCCAUUUCUUUCAGAUCAUGCUAAAUCACACAAAGCUAUAUAUUGAUAACAUUAUCUACAAAAUCACAGCAGCUAUGACUUAACAAAAAUUAAGCUACAGUUUAAGAUAUUGCAGAAUGUAUGAUGUAGAAGUAGAAACACACAAAAGGAAUUAUUUACAAUUAAAGCUGUUCCAUUACAAACAUUUUUCUCUGCCCUAGUUGCCUCAAAGUUCCAAUAAUUAGCCAGGGAUCUUGUAAUGAAUAAUCCCCACUGUAUAUUGGAAGUGAGCCUAAUUUCGUAUAAUACUUGGUGCAUUUUCUUUCCUGAAGAGUGGGUUUGUACCCCACAAGAAGUUCAGCUGUUUUGCUCUGUUGCUGUUGAAAGGCUUUAAAAAGCUAUUCCAGGUGGAGAAAGUCUCGGGAAUUAAAAUAAAGGAUGUAGGAAAACCUCCCAUAGACCGAUGCAGCUGCAAACUGUGGGGACAGUGUUUGUAGCUAUCCACUUUGUAACAGAGGAAGGCUGCUUUCAUGGUGGAAAUGGUUUCUGUAAUACCUGACCUGAACGUGUCAGUCAGAGUUUGUGAAUGAGUUACUGAAUAACACGGUCAAGUAUAUAUAUGGGACACUGAUUGUCUCUAUGGCUUUAAUAGUGGAAAAACAUGUCACUACAUUUAAUUUUUAUUCUAUUAAUAAAUCAGUGCAUCUUCUACACAGUGUGUUUACUUUCAAUUGUGAUACCUGAUACUAAUACCCAUAUCCAAGACUGUUUUUCCACAGGAGGUGAUAAACGACAAUAUUGGGUAUGUCCUUUGGCAACUUUCUGCUGCGUGAAAGUAAAACUCGUUAAAGGCUGUUCCAAAAUACAAAAACUUAUGAAGCGAAGACAUGGCAGGAUACAGCUUGGCAGGAAUUUUUUCAACUAAAUGUGGCCCAAGGCAGCAGUGGAAAAUCUCUACCGGUGCCUCCCAUACACAGGAGAAAGAGGGAUAAAUCUGUUUCGUAGAGAAGCCACUCAUAAUCAGGGCUGACUGAAGUUAGAAAACUCCAAAGUAAUGUUUGAGAUACGUAUGAAGCAUUGCUCUGUUGUUGCUGAUACACUGCAUUCCCUGUUAUUUUGCUGGAAGACCUGACCUAAAAGCAGAGGAUUUGAAUUUAGUGUGAGAAAAUUGUCACUGACUUCCUUUGCUCUGUCUGCAGUUGCAGAACAGCUUGUAGCAACCUCAUUAUGGUUUUCAAAACUGGAUACCAGUUAAGUGCAAUAAUCAUUUAAUUGUACCAUUCUUGUUUCCAUCCUCUGCAGCUGUCCCCAGUUGCUCCUCAAGAGAAUCUUAAGUCCUAGUGAAUAGGUCUGUUCCUCAUUACAGUUGUAUUCAGCUCAUCAGGGGACAUACAGAAGAGCAUCUGACAGAAGAGUUGAAUUGUAAUGGUAUUUACAGGAAGCACAUGCAUACCAUUUUGCAUAUAAUUUGUGGUUCUCUAGUAGGCUAAAAUGUUAUUAAAAUAGUCCUACUGAUUGCACCUUGUUGUUAUGGUUUAUUCUUCAAACUCCUCAAACCAAAGAAGACAAAAAAACAUAACUCCAAAGAUCUUUUUGACAUCUACUUAAGAAUCUGAGUUUCCUGGAAGGGAAUGAGUUUAUACCCAACAAAAUCACUUAAAAGCUGAAAAAUUCUUGUGUACCGUCGUGAUAGUGCUGGCACUGUUUCUGCCUGACAGGGAAGAUGCUAUUGUUAGAAUCAGCAGUUUCUGUUCUCUUACAAGUCCCUCAUCGAAGUUCUGGGCAGUUCUAUCUGUCUUUAACUUCUGAGCUUGCAAAAUUAAGUGAGCUGGCUGGAAGCCACAUGAAACAGCCAUAUGAAAUAACAAUAGGCAGCCUAGCAUUUGGUCGCUCUCUUUAGACAGGGAGCUCAAGAGUUAAAUUGUUUGAUCUGAGUUAUGAAGCCUUUCUCUGACGUGUGAUAUAAACCACUACCAUGGUGUCAGUUCCACUUUGGAAGUUCGCAAAUGUUUUGAUGGGUGCCAGUGUGCCGGUUUAACAUUCCCCCUAUGCUGGAGCCAAGCAGUCCAGUCAUAAUUGUAACAACAUGUGUGCUGGUCAGAAAUGCCAGGAGAUGAUUUUGGUGCAACAAAAGGGUUGGUUUUUUUCCUUGUUUUUCCUUUAAGGAAAGAGAACAGUUGGAAUUGAGGCUCUUCAAGCAAAAGCCAUUUCCACCUUUGUAGUAGUUGAUGCAUCUUACACUGUUUGGCUCUGCUCUCACUGGAAUGCAUUGAAGGCAGGUGCACUGUCUGCUCAGCUAGUAUGUUGUAUCUUCAGAAAAAAGGAAAAUCUGUAAGUUCAGUGUAAGUCAGAAAUGGGUUGGGUGGACAGAUUUUUAAGUGAAGGCCUCUUGCAAGUAGGGGUAUUAAGUCUGAUUGCGAAGCAUGCUGGGGCUGAACACCCAUUGGCAGGGAAAAUAGAGCAACAGGUGAUACCUGACAGUAACACUGCAGGGCUCAUUACAGGGGACUUGUGUUCUCCUGUGGCAAUGUAGCCAUUUCUGUGCUGGGCCACCACAUUACCAUUAUGGGAGGAAGUGGAAAACACUGAUAUAUACCACUGUGAGAAUGUUGCAAAACACAAUAUAAUUGCCCAUGUUGCAGUUUGGCCAGGAUGUCGGGAUUAACACUCCCUCCUUCUGUCAAGAAAUGUUUAAAUGAGCGCAGAUGGUCAUGGCUCAGCCUGGGGUUCCCAUGGACGUCUAGUGCAUGGUGUAAAACACUUGGACAAUCCCCAGUCUGAUUGUAUAUCCAGCCAGCUGAAGUGGGCUCUCAAGAGGUUUCAGCUUAGGGUAGCUGUCUGGGGAGAGACUCAAGUUCUCUGUCAGCCAUUCUUCUUCCUAAUACCUUCUGCAAUGCAGUGGAGUCUUCCCUUUGAGCCUGUAUCCCAUCGAAACAGAAUGAGGAAAAACUAGUAAGAGUGAAAAGUAGUGACUGGGCUAGUGGUUGUGGGUACUGUGUUUUCUGACCAGCUUUAUUAAGAACAUGCUAGAAAGGAUUGCGUAUGGGAAAGUUACCCUAUUCUGGGGAAGUUCUGCAGCCAAAGAAAGGGGCAGAGCACUAUUGAAUUGCCUCCCAUGCUGGGAUUCACUCCAUUCUGCAUUUUCAACUUAGGACAGUAGGAUCUGUAGACUUUCUGUUCCUGACACCCUUUUCUCACAGUUCAAACUUUGAUCAAAACCCCUGUGAUAUGAAUUGUCCCAACCUGAGGCCUCAUACUUUACGACAUGCCCCUUAUGCGGGAUCUUUGAGCAGCUGGUGAUCAUGGACCGAGUUUGGUACUUUGGUGCGAUUCUGUGUAGACAUAAGCAUCUUGGGUCUCCAUGCUCCACUCUUGGGCAUGCCAUAACUGUGUAUGCAGUUGCUGAGAGCUAGGUAAAAUUUUUCUGCAGGCCUGAUCCAACCCAGAAAUCAUAUGUUCAACACUUUGGUAUUAUAUCAUGAUUCCUUUUCUAAUUCUGUGGAUAUAAGCAGGUGUGGUGCGCAAGGGACAAAGGGUUUUGCCAGUGGCAAUGCAAACAGGGUAUAGAGAUGUGGGCUGGUAUAAUAGAAACCACAUGCUUGUUAAGUGCCCUAUUUAGGCUUGUCUGCAUGGUCCUAUUAAAGCAAGUGUUGGCUCCUUUGAUGGGGCACGAGACUGGUUUCCUUCAUCAUCCCCCCUGAUUUAUGUCCCAGCAGCAAACUUGUACGUCAGUGGGGAAAGACCAAGUAACGAGAGAAGUUAGCCAAGUCUCCCCCCCUCGGCAUGAUAGGGCAUCAGAUCCUUCAAAUCCUUGCCUUUGGCAGCCUGUUAGUUACAGGGUUUAAAUCAUGCCUUUUAAGACACAGGUAGAGACUCUAAAAAGCUUGUGCCUUUCUGAAUUAGGGCCUGGAUUGUGUAGUUAGAGUCAUUUUCUCAAUUAGCUAAACAUAAAUCAGUAUAACGAGGCGCUUGGGAGCACUGGGCAGGUUUAGUACCUUGUGUCUCCUGCCUCUGUCCAUACCACUCCCACCUGCUUGUUCGACUGAUCGGCCAGUGAUUUUAUUUUUCCAUGCUGCUAGAGCCGAGCAGUGGGUUUUAAUGUCUGAACUGGUUUUCACACCUGGCACAUGUGUGCGAGAGGUGAGAACUGGAAGAAGUUGCUCUUAUGCAGUCAGUGAAGCAGCCCUCAUGCGUGGCAGAGAUCUGGCAGUCUCAGCACCCCAUGCCACAUCAUCCUUCAGAGGAUGGGGACAGUGUCCUCUUGAAUAGGCAGUGGUGGGUGGUGGCAUGAGUGCAGGAAGUCUAGCGGCAGCUGGGAUGCCAUUUGAUGUGAUACUGGACUGGAAAGCAAGUACAGGGGCCAGGCACUGCGUUUGUACUCUAGAGCUGGGUAGCCAGUCCAUGACUCCCUUUGACAGGGCUACACCGUGUAAGGGCUGUGCUGUUUUCUGGAGACUGCUGGAUUAUUGAGAUGGGACAGAUUGCCCUGCAAGCCCAGUUCAGCCCAGUCCUCUGGUGGAGUGCUGGGAUCCAUUUGAGCAGGCAGUAAGAGAAAAGCUUGGAGGUUCCUCACAGCAAAGAAUGAAACCCAAAGAGGUAGAAUAACCCAUUUUGUGCCCUGUGAUAUAAAUCAUUCAGUGUGAAAGCUGCAGUGCCAGGGACACCUCUUCAGUCUCUUGCCUCUUGAAGAAUGGGGGAGAAUGUGGAAAGAUGGCUGGAUGAAGGAAGGGAAUUGCUGUUCACCCAGACCAUGCACAGGCUGAAGCUGUGGCCCUUCCUGAGUCUGGUUUUGAGGGCUGGAGCGGAGUAAGACUAAAACACCCAAACCAACUUUAAUUGCUGUGUGGGUAAUAAAAGUGAAACAUGGGUCAUAAAUAAAUCCCUGAAUGAUGGGCCUCUUUAACUUUCCCUAUGCAGGGUUUCUUGCUUUUCUCUGAAGCAGUUGGCAGUGCUGGUGAUGUACCUGAACAUAAGAUCACCUGGUGUGAUCCUCUCGUGUUCUUGUUAUCAGUGCUGAAUCUGACCCUUCAAAUGUCUCUCUGAUGUUUCUUUUCUCUGCAGUGAGCAGUAAUGGGUCUUUGUUCUGGUUUGCGGGUGUUCCCUGUUCAGGCAGGGCCAAAUUGAGCCCAAGAUCUCAGCCUACUCAUUCAUUGGGAAGAUGUUGCUCUGCACUCACUGUGGCUUGGGAACUCUCAAACAAAUACUGCAGUGAGGUUAUAAUGGACCAGCAGCAGUUAGGGUCUCACUGACACACAUCCGGAGCAGCUCCAAAUGCAUAAUUGCUGACCUCGUGUUGCUUCUGCAUUAGUACCUAAAAGUCCUGAAGGAGACCCCAUUGAGUUAUUUCACAUACACAGCUUCCUCCUUCAAAUAGCUAGUAAAGGCGGUAGCAGAACAAAGAAUAGAGUCACUCCACGAGCUUCAAGCUUAGCAAUGUCAUAAGGCAUCUUGCUAGCAAUCGGUAUCAAGUGAGGCCCUGGCUGCACUGCAGUCAUAACGUCCAGCAGCAACAGUUAUAUACCAUGUAGCUAAAGGGCAGCUGACCUUGACCAUUGCCUCCACAUGGCUGUGGACCACCAUGUCCCCAGGAGAGCUGAAGGGAUUGGAGGGCCCUGGGAGUCAUUCCUAGGCAGCAGAUAAGAGCAACUCACUGUUGGUGUGACUCCCUCACUAAAGGACAGAGCUAGGUAUCCUGCAGAUGGUAUCUCAGCAAGCCAUGUUAUCUUACUUGCUUCCUUUCUCCAUGUGGAAGGGUAACUCUCUGCACUACCACAGCCUUAGGAGCUCAUGAGCCAUCAGUCCAGUGAGGUAUCCCACUAGAAGUGUUUGUUGGCUGUGUAUGGUAUGGCUGAAGAGUCACAAAUUGGCUGUCCCUCAGAUUGUUAGUUUAGGCAACAAAAACUGUAAACUCACUGGAGACCCAUGCUGUGAGCCUGUGCUGAAAUCUGGGCAUACUCACUGUCUUUGCAGCGUGAGCUAGGUAGAGUGAAGCAGCUAUGUCUUUGCAGGCUCGAGUCACUUUUCCCAUUCCAUUGUAGACAGAUCCUCUGUCCUAAGGAAGGGUUAAUCCAAUUCAGACAUCAUCUUCUUCAAGUUUCCCAAUUUGGAUCUGGAUUAGGUUUCUGAAUAAUACCCAAAACCCUGCGUCAUGUUUUGAGUCAAUCUGUAGCUGUUUAGGUGAUGACUCUUGUUGCUGAUUGUGCAUAUUGCAUUGUCUCUAGUGCUGGUGAUGUCCUAGAGGUUGUGUCUCUGGCUUCGCUAUCGUGUGAGCUGCAGCUUGGUCCCACAUUUUGGUGGUUAGCUUCAUGGCAGGGAAGAUGAUAAUAUUUGGCAUGAGGAUGUGCUCAUAAAGAACAAGGUCCAUUCCAGCAUUUUUCUAACAUGCUUCUCUGAUCCUCCAGGAAGAACAUCUUGCAACUGUUUUAAAAAGUCAAGCCUGGUUCUCUGCAGGAUUUUUUCUUGCUUCCAGAUUAUUUUUUUUUCCCCUGUCUGCUCAAAUACCAAUUGUUUUCUUUUCUGCGUUCCUCAAAUCAAAAUAUUUAGUGAUGGACUUUUCUUCAUAAUAUCCCACUGCAUCCCUUCACUACUGAAGAGUGUUCAUCAGUCUCACUGACAUUAAGCAGUUCUGCAGGAAACCAGCACUGCCAAGCAGGCGGGCUCCCGCUCCUGGACUUGCUCAGCAUAUCUGGUAUUGUCAGUGACAGUCCCUCUGAUGUUCUCACUGGCAGAACCUGAGAAGCUACUUUCCAUGGCCUGGCAGUUGUACCAGGUCAUGCCUGGACACUCAUCAUGCUCCCUUCUGGCCUUGACACCCACAAAGCUAAAUCUGUGUUUCAUAGGGGGGGAAUCACAAUACGCUUUUCAAGGCCUAGUCCAUCUCCUCUGUCCCAACUGCCCACAACACUGGAUUCUUUCAUUACUCAAACACUCCCAAGUCACCAAUAUGUUUUCUCCUUCUGUCCUUGAACCAGUUUCCCUUCUUCCUUUCAGCAGCUGCUGAAAAACUUCCUGGGCCCAUCUUUCCUGCAGACUAGGCAAAAUACCAGGGCUCCUCAGAGCCAUCAGGCUGAGCAGAAGGUGGGUGAGCACAGGGUGGUACUGGAAGUGCUUUGAUUCAUAGAAUUAAAACUCAGUAGGAUUAAACUCACCACGAGUUUCAGAAGCCCAGGUCCCUGCUGCUCUUCCUACUUCUCACAGGCUUUGGGGUUAUCCAUGUUCACCGUAACACCCUAAAUGCUUGCACUCAGACAACUUUGC